AUGGAAGCCAAGAUUUCAACAUCCCGCCCAGUAAUCCGCUUUGUUUCCCCCCUCCUGCUUUUCCCUAGGACAACACCCCAACAAGAACAACUGACAAACCCCACCUUCCCAUCAGAUAUCGUGACGCCCGUCGUUGAAUCCUGUGGCAUAGCCUGCCAGGCCAGCACGUGGUGGCUUUCGGGAAUUAUAGGAUCCUGCGCCUUCCUCCUCCUGCUAGUUGGCAGCUUCGUUGUCUACUGCAAGCGGAGCCAAUCUGGAGGGCUGCGGCCCCCUCUGAGUGCUGAAUCCUCGCUCAGCGUCUACGCAGGAAAGCCCUCUUCCGGCACCCCUUGCCCCGAGAUUGGUUUGCUGGUGGACGGAGCCCCCCUCCCCACGCCCGUCCUCCAGCAGGGUCGGAAGCUGUACGCCAUCAUUGAUGCCGUCCCUGUCCGCCGGUGGAAAGAGUUUGUGCGUGGCCUGGGCCUCCGGGACGGGGAGAUUGAACUGGUGGAGCUGGAGCACUCCCAGUUCCGGGAGCAGCAGUACGAAAUGUUGAAACGCUGGCGCCAACGGAGAGGCGCUUCCCUGGACGCCGUCUUUGCCACACUGGAGGAGAUGCAACUGGGGGGCUGUGCUCAGGAACUGAGGGAACAGCUGGGGCCCCAGCGCCUCCUCCACCCUUUUCUCUGAGGUGCCCCAGGUUGGCUUUGGCCAAUUCCUGUACUGGUGGUGGGUUGGACUAGAUGACCUUUGAGUACCUUCCAAGCCUAUGGUUCUCUAAUUCUAUGCAAGGGUGGGGAGGCUCCUCCACACCCUUUUCCUGCCUCUUUCUUAGGUGCUCCUACACAGGACAGAGCCGGCCGACCCGUCUUUGAGCCGACAGCAU